GGGGGGCGGGGGCCGGGGGCGAAGUGACCAGGCGGCGGCGGCGGCGGCAGCGGCGGCGCCUGUGCUGAGGUGACAAUGUGCUAGGAGCCCUCGCUCGGUCCCUGUGCCUCCUCGGCCUCGGCGCCCGCUCUCACCGCGCUCGCUGAGCCCUCCAGCCCGCCGCUGCGCUAUGAGGGCGCCUCUCUGGGGCUGGCAGAGGCCGGAGCCGGCUCGCUGCGCUCUCCGAGAAGUGUGAAGAGAGAGGCGCGGGCGGGAGCCAGGGCUGCGCGCGGCGCUCGCGGGCUGGCGCGGGUUCCAGGUGAGCGCGGGCUCGGCGAGCCCGGCCCUCGGCGCUGCCGACCAGCACCUGCGUGGCUUGCUCCGAGGCUGAAUCCCGAGAGUGGACCGCCGCUCCCUCUUCGCGGGAUCUUUGACCACGACAGCAGAUGCAUUUUGUAGGAGUAAUUUGAGGAUGAAUGUGCUCAAAUCAUUUUGAAAUUGCCAAGCACCAUAUACAUGGAAUGCAUCCUGCUUUUAACCUGGAAUUCACCUGUGUGGCUUAGUGUUAGCACAGUGGUGUUUGUCUUCAACCUGUGCGUUGACUAGAAAUCAAGAAACGACAUGAGGAGAUUUGUUUACUGCAAGGUGGUUCUAGCCACUUCACUGAUGUGGGUUCUUGUUGAUGUCUUCUUACUGCUGUACUUCAGUGAAUGUAACAAAUGUGAUGACAAGAAGGAGAGAUCCCUGCUGCCUGCACUGAGGGCUGUUAUUUCAAGAAACCAAGAAGGCCCAGGAGAAAUGGGAAAAGCUGUACUGAUUCCUAAAGAUGACCAGGAGAAAAUGAAAGAACUGUUUAAAAUCAAUCAGUUUAACCUUAUGGCCAGUGAUUUGAUCGCCCUUAACAGAAGUCUGCCGGAUGUAAGAUUAGAAGGAUGCAAGACAAAAGUCUACCCUGAUGAACUUCCAAACACAAGUGUAGUCAUUGUGUUUCAUAAUGAAGCUUGGAGCACUCUCCUCAGGACUGUUUACAGUGUUAUAAACCGGUCCCCACACUACCUACUCUCUGAGGUCAUCUUGGUAGAUGAUGCCAGUGAAAGAGAUUUUCUCAAGUUGACAUUAGAGAAUUAUGUGAAAAACUUAGAAGUGCCAGUAAAAAUUAUAAGGAUGGAAGAGCGCUCUGGGUUAAUACGUGCCCGUCUUCGAGGAGCUGCGGCUUCAAAAGGGCAGGUCAUAACUUUUCUUGAUGCACACUGUGAGUGCACAUUGGGAUGGUUGGAGCCCUUACUGGCAAGAAUAAAAGAAGACAGGAAAACUGUUGUAUGCCCCAUCAUCGAUGUCAUUAGUGAUGAUACCUUUGAAUAUAUGGCUGGGUCAGAUAUGACUUAUGGGGGUUUUAACUGGAAACUGAAUUUCCGCUGGUAUCCUGUUCCCCAGAGAGAAAUGGAUAGGAGAAAAGGAGACAGAACAUUACCUGUCAGGACCCCUACUAUGGCUGGUGGCCUAUUUUCUAUUGACAGAAACUACUUUGAAGAGAUAGGAACUUACGAUGCAGGAAUGGAUAUCUGGGGUGGAGAGAAUCUUGAAAUGUCUUUUAGGAUUUGGCAAUGUGGAGGCUCACUGGAGAUUGUAACUUGCUCCCAUGUUGGACAUGUUUUUCGGAAGGCAACUCCAUAUACUUUUCCUGGUGGCACAGGCCAUGUCAUCAACAAGAACAAUAGGAGACUGGCAGAAGUCUGGAUGGAUGAAUUUAAAGAUUUCUUCUAUAUCAUAUCUCCAGGUGUUGUCAAAGUGGAUUAUGGAGAUGUGUCAGUCAGAAAAACACUAAGAGAAAAUCUGAAGUGUAAGCCCUUUUCCUGGUACCUAGAAAACAUCUACCCGGACUCCCAGAUUCCAAGACGUUAUUACUCACUUGGUGAGAUAAGAAAUGUUGAAACCAAUCAAUGUCUAGACAACAUGGGCCGCAAAGAAAAUGAAAAAGUGGGCAUAUUCAACUGUCAUGGUAUGGGAGGAAAUCAGGUAUUUUCUUAUACUGCUGACAAAGAAAUCCGGACCGAUGACUUGUGCUUGGAUGUUUCUAGACUCAAUGGACCAGUAAUCAUGCUGAAAUGCCACCACAUGAGAGGAAAUCAGUUAUGGGAGUACGAUGCUGAGAAACUCACCUUAAGACACGUUAACAGUAACCAAUGUCUUGAUGAACCUUCUGAAGAAGACAAAAUGGUGCCUACCAUGCAGGACUGUAGUGGAAGCAGAUCCCAGCAAUGGCUACUGAGGAACAUGACCCUGGGGGCAUGAAGACCUUUUCUCCCAAGCCAUGAAAGUGUCUACACUUUUGUUUUUCCAUUCUUUCAAUUAGGAGGAAAUAUUAACUUUGCUGAAUUGAAAGUUUUAAAAAUCCUUUUAGUAUUAUAAAACACAGUUGUUUAUAAUUCAUUUUUAGGAAUGUUUAUUUCCCUACUAAAAUUUCUAUCUGAUUGAAGAAGCACAUAAAAAUACAAAUAAUAGCAAACUGUUAUUAAACAUCAGAACAACUUGUAAAAUGAAUUGUGUUUGCUUUAAAAAUCGUUAUUGCCCUCACUCAACAGAAUUAGUUGGGGAUUUAUUUCAUUUUUUCUUGUCAUAGUGAUUGAAAGAAAGAUAAUGUAAAUGCCUUAUAAAAUAUCUUCAUUAUGAAAUACCAAUUAUUUUACAGACUUAUUCUCUCUACUGAAUGCUCAUGGACAAAUACUGAAUUUAUAUGUCAACAAUAGGGCCAAAUAUUAAAGUAUUUCUGAAAAGUGAAUUCAUUUUAAAAAGAAUGUUACUUCCAGAUAUUUGUACCAGGAAAAAUUAAAUUAGAUGUUGAAUACCUAGAGUCUUCACAAAAGCAUCACAUUUAACCAAAAAAAGAGAACAGUCAAUUUAAAUUACAUGAAAUAAGAAAUUAUGAGGCAUUGAGGGGGAGUAAGAUGAAGCUAAGCUACAACAAUUAUAUCACUGUAAGAGAUACUGUGGUUGGGUUGCAAGCAUUCAUAAAACGGACAGAAGCUGAACAGUUUUGCUCCCAGAAUUGAUACAGGAAACCCAAUCUCUAACUCCUCUCCUUGUCUCCAUAAAUUAUCCCUUCUUUUAUAUCUUCACUCUAGAGAAUGUGGUUUAUCACUUAUAUUUUGUGGAAUUGUAGAUGAAGGAUAAAAUUUUAUACUAAUUUUUAACUCUUUUGCUUUUAAAGAUUUUAGUUAUGUCAUUGUUAUCAUUUAAAUUUUAUAUUUAAAAAAAGAAAAUAUGACAUCAAAAUGUCAUUGUUAUUGUACAGUAUCCAAAGUUCUCAACACCAGAAGAAGAACCUCAAUGCACAUUGUUUUUAUUUUAAUUCAAGUGCUAGAUAUCAUUUUCCAUAAAUGGUGGCCCAAGAAAAAUAGUCAUAAUUAGACUACCUACCCAUGAUGUUUUUCCAGCUUAAAACCUUUAUGCACAAAAUACAUGAGCAGAAGAUGUGAAAAGGAAGAAAAAUCUAUCAGUGAAAUUUCUUAAUAAAUUUUUCUAUUUCACAAUAGCUAAAAUGCCCAUGAAGUUGCUUUAUAUAUGUGUUUCAUUCAUGUAAAUGCACUCAACAGCUAAGAGAAAUAUAGGGAGUGUGGGUGGGAAAUGGAACCACUGGAACAGAAGAUUCCAUUUUUUGGUGUUUAUCUUUGAUUAAGAAACUCUUAUGGAAUAUAUUAAUGUUUGCCUACAUACAAAUAGCCUAUAUUUAUCUCAGCUUCAUAAUGAAAAGCAUGGCCCUUUCUAAAGACCAGUAACAUUUUGAAUGAUUUUCCCAGCUGGUAUUCCUUCUUUUUGCUCUCUGUUGGUACAACUGUAGAGGAUUCUACAAACUGGAGCAUUACAAGUUUGCUCCUUGAAAUGUGGACAUUUCCCCACCCUGAGGUCUCUGGGAAUUCCCAAUCAAAAAUUGCAAGCUAAAGUGUGAAUGUCACAAUACGUUUCUUGAGGAGGGAGUUUGUAACUUGCAUUAAAUUUGUAAUGAAGGCUCUGAUUUCAGGGAGGUACCCAAACCACUGCCUUGAAUUGGUAGUGGCAUCUUAAGUCAACCAUUGCCUGACUUAACCCCAUUUUCCAUUUGCACUCUCCGUGUCUCCCCUGUUUUCCUGUGGUCAUAAAUAAAAUUAGGUAAAAUGUC